UUUAGUGCAACAACACAGAUGAAAAGACAAACUUCCUUUUUUUUUUUUGAUAUGGAGUCUCUCCCAGACUGGAGUACAAUGGUGGGAUCUUGGCUCACCGCAACCUCCGCCUCCCAGGUUCAAGCAAUUCUCCUGCCUCAGCCUCCCAAGUAACUGGGAUUACAGGUACACACCACCACACCCAGCUAAUUUUUUUGUAUUUUAGUAGAGAUAGGGUUUCACUGUAUUGCCCAAGCUGGUCUUGAACUCCUGAUUUCAGGUGAUCCACCCACUUCAGCCUCCCAAAGUGCUGGGAUUACAAACAUAAAGACUGGAAACAGGCCGGGCAUGGUGGCUUAUCCCUGUAAUCCCAGCACUUUGGGAGGCUGAGGCAGGUGGAUCACCUGAGGGCAGAAGUUCGAGACCAGCCCAGCUAACAUUGCGAAACCCCGUCUCCACUAAAAACGCAAAAAAUUAGCCAGGUACUCUCUUCCCGCCGCCCAAGAUGGACAGGACAUCCAGCCCAAAAGAGACUUCACCCGCUUUGUGAAAUGGCCCCGCUAUAUCAGGUUGCAGCGGCAGAGAGCCAUCCUCUAUAAGCGGCUGAAAGUGCCUCCUGCAAUUAUCCGGUUCACCCAGGCCCUGGACCACCAAACAGCUACUCAGCUGCUUAAGCUGGCCCAUAAGUAUAGACUAGAGACAAAGGAAUAGAAGAAUGGCAAAGGGGACGUCCCCACUAAGAGACCACCUGUCCUUCGAGCCAGCUGGCUGUCUUCUUGCCUGCCCUGUGUCGUAAAAUGGGAGUCCCUUACUGCAUUAUCAAGGGGAAGACAAGACUGGAAUGUCUAGUCCACAGGAAGACCUGCACCACUGUCGCCUUCACAAAGGUGGAAGACAAAGGUGCUUUGGCUAAGCUGGUGGAAGCUAUCCGCACCAAUUACAAUGACAAAUAUGAUGAGAUCCGCUGUCACUGGGGAGGCAAUGUCUUGGGUCCCAAGUCUGUGGCUCACAUCACCAAGCUCGAAAAGGCAAAGGCUAAAGAACUUGCCAUGAAACUGGGUUAAAAGUACACUGUUUACAUAAAAAUA